AUGGCGAAUCUUUCGGCAGACUAUGUCAUUGUAGGCGGUGGCCUCACAGGAUGUGUUAUUGCCUCCCGCCUCAGCCUGAAUGAUAAGAAUCUCAAAGUCCUUCUCGUGGAAGCUGGACCGGAUCCAUCUGGCAAUCCAGCUGCGGCCGGCUUCCUCAGCGGCUUGUCUCUACUAGGCGGCGAGUUGGAUUACGUCUAUCAGAGUGACCCCGAGUCUAAUACUUGCAACCGGGUGCACAGUCUCAACGCUGGCAAGGUUUUGGGCGGAGGCAGCAUCCUCAACUUUGGUGGCUGGUUACGCGCAGAUGCCGCAGACUACGAUGACUGGGCUGAGACGGUUGGAGACAAACGCUGGAGCUAUGAAGGUUUCAAGCCUUGGUUUCGCAAGUCGGAGCGAUUCCACGACUCUGGGGCAGAUGCCGACACACACGGCUUUGAUGGUCCGAUGGACGUGGUUCCAAUCUCGGCCGUUGACUCGGGAGAGCGGAAGUAUUUACUUCGCGAACCUGUGAAACAAGCGUGGACUGAGCUUGGAGUGCCUUUCAAUCCCCGCAAGGAUAAGGGCAGCAUCACCGGCAUAACUGAGUUCUACGAAAACUCUCGUGAGGGGAUGCGACAGCCCUCAAACACAGCCUAUCCUCUCAGCAAUGUUGAAGUUCUGACCAACACCGUUGUGAAUAGAGUCACAUUCGCUGGUACCACAGCCAACGGAGUGGAAUUGGCAGAUGGGCGCAAAAUCACUGCCCGAAAGGAAAUCAUACUCUGUGCCGGCACAUAUCGCACUCCCCAAUUGCUCAUGUUAUCUGGCGUCGGGCCAUCUGCUACGCUCAACGAGGUCGGCAUCCCCGUUGUACAUGAUUCACCACACGUUGGACAGAACCUUCACGAUCACUUUGCCGUCUACUUUGCUUUCCGUCUGCGCGAUCCUUCGGCGGGAUACGCCCUUGGAAGCGCAUCAUGGCAGAAUCCGGCUUUGUUCAAAGGUCUGCCGUGGGACUGGGUUGUCAACGAGCCUCUCCCGCAUGAGGUAAUCUCGAAACAUGAGGCGGAUGCGAAGAAGCAACAGCGGAAUCUCUACGAGGUCAUCACAGUGUACGCACCUCCCGGAAUUCCUGGGAUACCCCUCGAUGGUACGCACAUUGCCACUUCGACCAUGCUUCUUCGACCGACGUCUCGCGGUACCGUUUCCAUACGAUCCAGCUCCCCGAGUGAUAUGCCAUACAUCAAGCCCAACUACUUCUCGACAGCACUGGAUCGUGAUACGCUCGUUCAUGCUGCGCAAAGGACAUUGAAAGCCAUGCUAGCUACUGAUGCUAUGAAGAGCAUUGUUGAGAGCGAAACUCCGCCAUCUGGCGAUGGCUUGCCGGAUUUGACACCGCUCACAGCCGACGCCGGUGACGAAGCAAUUGAACAGAGAAUUCGACAGACGGGAACCCAGCAUCAUCAUUCUGGUGGCACUGCAAGCAUGGGCAAGGUUGUGGAUGGGGAGGGUAAAGUCAUGGGCGUCACGGGGUUGAGAGUCGCGGAUGCGAGUGUGCUUCCACUUCCCUUGGGUGGUCAUCCGCAAGCCACGCUGUACCCUAUGGCCGAGCAGAUUGCUAGUUUUAUUAUUCGGGAUGCUUGA